GAUCAUCCUUCUAAUACUCUUUCUGCCCUUCUCUUGGCCGGUGGUGUCGCUGGUUACCUCAAGAAAGGUUCUAUUCCAUCACUCGCCGCUGGCUUGACCUUCUCCGUGGCCUACGGUGCUGCGGGUUAUCUGUUGCGUAAGAACGCUGAUUGGGGUUUGGAACUGGCGUUGGGCUCUUCAGUUCUGCUACUCGCUGCUGGAAUUGCCCGUGGAGUGCCAACUCGCUUCAAGAAGCCAAUCCCAUUGGUGUUGACGGUUCUUGGUGCUUUGGGCACAGGAUAUUACACAAAGAAGUACAACGAGUUCUAUCCAUUCUUCUAA